AUGAGCAACAGAACAACGAACAUGACCAACAACAGCACAACUCUCCCUCCCUUCGUGGAAAUCGGCUCCGGCUCCUGCGGCCGCGUCUACAGCAGCCGACACCCCAGCGGCAGUGAGAUCGUGCUCAAACGCGCUCGCCCCGGCCAGACAGACCGACUCUGGCAGGACUACCUCAUGCACACCAAGAUCCUCGAAGCGCUGCACACCCCGCAAGGCCGGGAUAUCGACAUCCUCGUCCCGGACGUGCUGGGGUUCGUCACGGAGACGGAUCGGGAGUUGUGGGAGGGGUGGGAGGGGAGGUUUCCUGGGGAUGGGAAGGGGGAGGCGGUGCCGAGGGAUGUGCUGCUUAGUGAAAGGAUAUCGGCGGUGGGGAGGGGGAUGAGGGAGGAGAUGGUUGAGGUUUUUUGUGUGGAGGGACAGAGGGGGGAGGCGAGGGGGAGGAGGGAGAAUGAGGAUUGUCUUGUGAGGGUUUGUUUUGGGGAGGGAGGGGCGGAGGAGGAGGGGAGGGCGUCGAAGUCGGUUUUGAGGAGAGCUGGCACCCUGCAAACAACCUUCUCCCUCCGAAACUUCCCUCUCACGCUCUCCAAACUCGACCGCGCCCCUGCCACCAUCACCGGCCCCCUCUCACCCCCCUCCCUCACGAGACAAAUCGCCCAAACCCUCGCCCUCCUACACUGGAGCGCCCACGUCGACGCCCGCGACGUCGAAUUCGUCCUCGGAGGAACAGGAACCCUCUCAAACUCCACACCACACAGUCACCCCCUCCCUUACGACGAACUAGCCGCCCUCCCCGGCCCAACGAGCACCUUCAACCCCGUCUUCCUCGAGGCUCUGACCCGGCCCCUGAACCUCUGGUUGUUGGAUUUCAACCAGGUCAAGACUAUUACCAUGGAUGAGGCAGGUGUGGAGAGUGCGGUGGCGGCGUUUGUGGAUAGUAGCCGAACCAAGAGGACUGGCCCAGCUGGGAUGACUCUCGAAGAGUACGAGGAUCUGAGCUCUAUAUCAGAAGAGCUGCCGAGCCAACCCAACGAGGUUCGGGUCAUCGAACGUGCCGAUGAAAUCCUUCAAAAGCCUCAACACGAUCCCCAAGAUCCGUCCAGCGUCAAACCCCUUCUCGAGCGUGGCGUCGGCGUGGUCAUCCUUCUUCCCCCGGAGAGAGGAACAUCGAACUUUCCACCCGAAGCAAGGGAAUGCACAGCCGGCCGGAACGGACUCCAAGGAGAUGCGGAACAGAUCUUGCCAAUAUGA